GGCAACACCCAAACAAAAUAAAACCCUCGCAGCCCUUUUCUCCACCGAAAGGCUCUCGAGAAAUCGCAGCAAAGCUUUCUCCACGGUUGUUCAACGCCUAAAACCCUAGCAAAAUAGUGCGGUUGGAAGAAAAUUGAAAUCGGAGCUAAUCUUCGGACGGGGAAGCAGUAGAGAUGACAGACUGCAAGUUUCUUUUCAGCAACGAUGUCAUUUCCUCAUCGCGCGACGUCCCUGCGGUGGCCACGUUACUUCAAUCUCACCCAGGCGCGUACACGACGACUCGGACUCACAGCGACGGCGCGUGUAUCUUAUUCGGGGAGAGGCACUUACGACGGCUGUCAAACUCUGCCCGAAUUCUCCUCUCUAGAAGCCCGCGACUGCUCUUCAAGCCCGAGAAAUCAGAAACUUCCUUUCCGUCGUCGUUCAUUGAGUCAUCGGCGUGGGAUUCAGCGGUUAAGUCUCUGGUUAAGGACUCCGUUUACCAGGUGCUGCCAAUUGCAUUGAGAGAAGCGAGGAGAAAGGAAGGUGAGGAGCUGGCAAUCACGACUCUGUUCAGUAGGAACGCGAAGAAGGUCAGGGGAAUCGAGAGUGUGGCUGAGGUGCUCGAUAUUUAUGUUCACAAAGACGGCGCUCCAAUUUCCUCCUUCCCAUCUUCGAAGACCAAUUUUAAGCAACUCGAAGAAAAACUCAUCAGUAAAUUAUUUAGGAUCCUGGGGAGAAUGGCCAAUCGUGGGCAAAAGCCAUCAGAAGUGAUCGAUGAAUUGCCAGCGGACAAGAGAGCUUGCAGUUCAUUGGAUUUUAGACCGAGUACAUCGAAUUCCUCAGCUCAAGCAAUUCCGACAACGAUCCUGACGUAGGCGAAUUCCAAUUUUCUUUGAGUGUUGGUUAUCAUCGCAAAGAGGACGAUCCCAGGAGCAUCACGGUCUUGACGGAAUUGAGUUUCGACAUCGGACGAGGGAGAUACGAGCGUCGAAAGUUUUGGACGCAAAUCAGACAGUUCAGGUAUCAGUCUUGGCAAUUCAAGAAGUUAGAGGAUUAAAUGCGUAAUUUUUCCAGAGAGGUCGAGGUCAACUGUGUUGACUCGGAAAUUACAGUUUUGGUACUUAGUACUUUUAAACUGACAGAAUGUUUAUUUUGGUCAUAACUCGAUCGAUUGACGUCCGAACGAGGAAUCGUCAGCGCCUAUGGAAUCGUGAUAACGAGGAGAAUUUGAUUGGAGCAAGUAUGGAAAUUUUAGAGCAGAUUCAGAGUUGGUUUCGACGGAUAUAAGGUGAGUGUAAAGGGGGUAAAUUCUACGCCUUACGUGUUCUUUCAAGAAUUACAAGUCUUGAGCAUUUUUUUAUGAAAUGAAUGUCGUUGUUUGAU